CAGAGACCCCCACGGGCCGGGUGCAGAGACCCCCACGGGCCGGGGCCGGGCGCACCGGGCAGCGGUGCCAGCCAGGAACAGGUGAGGCGAACGCUCUGCCAGCUGCUGGGUGGCAGGAAGUGGCUGUGUCCCAGCUGGCGCCGGGUCCCAUCCUGCCACCUCGCCGGCUGGAGCCCUCGUGCCCUGCGCCCCGGGGCACCCAUCGCAAGCGCCCGCGGGCUGGUGGGCACCUCUAGCCUCACAGAGCCAGACCCAAGCCAGGGAGAGACGAGGCUCCGAUCUGGUCCCUGGUGUAGCCAGGGCAGCUGCGGCGGAGCCGCGGCUCCGGGCCCCGGGCCCUCGCUCCCUGUCCACGCGGGGCAGCUCCUCGGCUAUUUAUCUGUCCUCAAAGAAAGCAUGAGGCCUCCUUUCUUCUGAGCGGAUCCGCGCCACGGCCGGGCAGAGCCGGCGCCCGGAGAUGCAAAGGCUGGACGCGCCGGUCCCUCGCUUCAAAGGGAAGCAACGCAAUUGAGAGGUGCAGGGGGGACCCAGCCAGGCUCCAGGGAAGGCCCCUGCUCUCAGCUGUGCCUUGUGCUGCAGGGGUUAGUCCACAGCGCCAGCCACCCACCUGCGGCCCACGCCUGCCGGGCUGCAGCCGAGAGGCGACGCGCUGGGAGCUCUGGAUGUUGCUGCCGUGGUGGGAGCGGGCACCGGGGGCCAGUCCCUGGGCCAGCGACGGCGGGCGGCUGUCCCCGCUCAGAGCACGGAAGCAUGUCCCAGCAGCACGCAGCCACCUAGGCCGGCCGGCACGGCGGAGGGCCCAGGAUGGAGCCUGGGCACAAGGCGCUGCCCGGCGAGGAGGCCGGGGAUGGGCCGGAGGAUGGCGACGGGGGGUGGAACCACAAAGCCAACCCCUUCUGGACGGCCGUCUUCGACUACGAGGCGGCGGCGGAAGAGGAGCUGACGCUGCGGCGCGGCGACCUGGUGGAGGUUCUCUCCCAGGACUCCACCGUGUCGGGAGACGAGGGCUGGUGGACGGGGAAAAUCGAGGACAGAGUGGGCGUCUUCCCCUGUGACUACGUGGCCAGCAGCCCCCCGGGUGGUCCCUACCCUCUGCCGCUGGAGAUCUCCUUCCAGGAGCUGCUGCUGGACGAGAUCAUCGGGGUGGGGGGCUUCGGGAAGGUCUACAAGGGCGUGUGGCGGGGGGAGGAGGUGGCGGUGAAGGCGGCGCGCCAGGACCCCGACGAGGACAUCAGCACCACAGCCGAGAGCGUCCGGCAGGAGGCCCGGCUGUUCUGCAUGCUGCACCAUCCCAACAUCAUCGCCCUGAAGGCCGUGUGCCUCCAGCCCCCCAACCUGUGCCUGGUGAUGGAGUACGCCCGCGGCGGCGCCCUCAACCGAGCACUGGCCGGCAGGAAGGUGCCACCCCACGUGCUGGUGAACUGGGCCGUGCAGAUCGCCCGCGGCAUGAACUACCUGCACAACGAGGCCGUGGUGCCCAUCAUCCACCGCGACCUGAAAUCCAUCAAUGUCCUGAUCCUGGAGAAGAUGGAGGCCGGGGAGCUGGGCGGCCGCACGCUGAAGAUCACGGACUUUGGGCUGGCGCGCGAGUGGCACAAGACGACCAAGAUGAGUGCGGCCGGCACCUACGCCUGGAUGGCGCCCGAAGUCAUCCGGCUCUCGCGCUUCUCCAAGAGCAGCGACGUCUGGAGUUUCGGGGUGCUGCUGUGGGAGCUGCUGACCGGGGAGGUGCCGUACCGGGAGAUCGACGCGCUGGCCGUGGCCUAUGGCGUGGCCAUGAACAAGCUGACGCUGCCCAUUCCCUCCACCUGCCCCGAGCCCUUCGCCCGCCUGCUGGCAGGUGAGUGCCCGGGGGGGACGGGGUGUGCCUGGGGGGGCUCGCCCCAGGAGGGGGGGCUCCAGGGGUGCCCCUGGGCCCGGCUGACUCUCUCUCCCGCCGCAGAGUGCUGGGACCCAGACCCCCACGCCCGGCCGCCCUUCGGGAGCAUCCUGGGGCGGCUGGUGGCCAUCGAGCACUCGGCCAUGUUCUCCAUGGCCCUGGACGCCUUCCACUCGCUCCAGGACGACUGGAAGCUGGAGAUCCAGCAGAUGUUCUGUGAGCUGCGCGCCAAGGAAAAGGAGCUGCGGAGCCGGGAGGAGGAGCUGCUGCGGGCGGCGCAGGAGCAGAAGACGCAGGAGGAGGAGCUGCGGCGGCGCGAGCAGGAGCUGGCCGCCCGCGAGAUCGACAUCGUCCAGCGCGAGCUGCACCUGCUCAUGGACCAGCUGGGCCAGGAGCGGCCCCGGGUCAAGGGGCGCAAGGGCCACUUCAAACGCAGCCGCCUCAAGCUGCGCGACGGGAACCGCAUCAGCCUGCCCUCAGGCUUCCAACACAAGAUCACGGUGCAGGCGUCGCCCACCCUGGACAAGCGGAAAGGCCCAGGAGCCAACGGCACCAGCCCCCCCGUGAGCCCCAUCAUCAUUCCCCGCCUGAGGGCCAUCCGCCUGACGCCUGUGGACGGCAGCCAGACGUGGGGCCGCAGCGCGGGGCUGAAGAGGGAGGCGCUGGCGGGGAACAAGAAGAAGGGGCGCACGUGGGGGCCCAGCUCCACGCUGCAGAAGGAGCGGCUCGGCGGGGAGGAGCGGCUGAAGGCUCUGGGCGAGGGCAGCAAGCAGUGGUCGUCCAGCGCCCCCAACCUCGGCAAGUCCCCGAAACGCGCCCCCAUGACAGGGGGUUUCGCCAGCCUGACGGAGAUGGAGGAGCACGCGGAGGCGGGGGGCAGCGCCCCCCAGUCCCCGGCCGAGCUGCCCCCCAGCACCGAGGGCCCGCGGGGGGCCGGGCCCCACAAGCGCAGCGCCGUGGCUCUCCUGGGCUGCGCCUCCGUCCUGGCUGCGGUGGCGCUGGGCAGCGACCUGCUGGAGCUGGGCCUGGGGCCGGCGGGGGGGCGAGGCCCGCGGGGGGGCCGCGCCCGGGGGCACCAGGGGCCCCCCAGCUCCGUCACGCUGCUGUCGCUCUCCUCCCUCUCCGACUGCAACUCCACCAAGUCCCUGCUGCCCCCGGACGAGGAGCCGCCCCCCGGGCCCCCGGCCCUCGGCGCCCCCCCCGCCCACAACCCCCUGCUGGACCUCCGGGCCGAGAGCUUCAAGAGGGACCCGCACCAGUCGCUGACGCCCACCCACGUGCCGGCCGCCCGGGCGCUGACCCGCGGGCACCGGCGAACGCCCUCGGACGGGGCCCUGCGCCCGCCCGCGCCCGGCCAGCAGGGGGCGCCCGGGGCAGGCUCCCAGGAGCCCCUGGACCCCCCCGCGCUCUUCCCGCCCCCAUCGCGGCGCAGGCCCCCCGAGACGGAACCGGCCGUCGAGCGCCCCAAGACCCUGGAGUUCGCGCCCCGGCCCCGCCCCUCGCCCGCCCGCUCCCGCAUUGACCCCUGGAAACUCGUCUCCUUCGGAAGGACUCACCGCUCGUCCCCGGGCAGCGGGUGCGAGACGCAGGGGGAGCGGCCGGACCCCCCCAGCGCCCGCCAGACGCUGCUGGACAUAGACAUGGAGGGGCAGAGCAAGGACAGCACGGUGCCGCUCUGCGGGGGGGCACCGCACUCUGCCAGCCUGGAUGCCGACAUGUCCCAUUGACCCCCCAGAGUAUGGGGCACCUCCCAUGAAUGUACACCCCCCCCACAGCCGGCGUGGGGCACCAGACCUACCUGUGGGGAGGCCCUCUUGGAUGGACCAACCUCUUUACUGUGCGCCUGCGCCACCAUCCCCCAUCCUGCUGCUGACCCCAUGUCCCACCCUCAGCGGGCUGAGAUCCCACCGCACCCACCAACGGCUCCAAAGGCUUUGCUGUGGGAGAAGCUGCUGCCUCCGAGGAGCGGGGUUGGGAAGGGAAUUGUGGGGGAGGGGAGCAUGUGUAUUUAUUGAUGGGGGUUAAGGACCCCCCCCCCAUUUAAAUUCCAUGUGGUGUUUGUAAAAAAAAAAAAGAAAGGUUAAAAAAAACAAAGAACCGUUCUGUGCCAGCAGGGGGUGCUUGUCCCCCAUGAACACAGUUACUAAGGUGGCAUUUCCACGCCAGCUGUGCAUGCAGCUGAGCCCCCCGCCAACUGCUUACAGGCCCCUCCCUCACUGGGCACUGAGCUGCAGCCACCUCUGGGGUGGG